AUGCUUAAGGGUGGCAUUAAAGAGCAGCAGAUGGCUUCUAUGCAGAAGUGUAUCGUCGCUAUGGGUGGUGCGGGUGGUAUGCCUGGGAUGGGAGGUAUGGGUGAUAUGGCGAAGAUGAUGCAGAUGUUGCAGGGUGGCGGGGGCCCUGGCGGUGCAGGCGGUGGAGGGAUGCCUGGACUGGGAGGAGGAGGCCGCUAA